AUGGCAUAUUCAAGUGUUGGUGGUGGUGGUAUUGAUAAAACCUUGAUUACACCGAAUUAUAUGUUAGAUACAAAUCUUGGUCUAAGUAAACUUCGUAUUACUAUACAAAUUGAAGGAUUGAGAUCAUCUAAUGUAUUAGAAUUUCAUAAGAAAAUUAUUCCAAAAUUUUAUAAGAAAGCAUUAAAUGGUGAAAUUGUAUUUCAUUUAAAUCAAGAUGGUUUUUUAUUUGAAUUUUAUGGACAAAAAUCAUUAAAAGAUCAAAAUUAUCGUCUUCAUGUUAAUAAAUUACCCGGUGUAUUAGAUGAUAAACGAUCUCAAUUAACUAUACGUGAAGAUGCUGUAGAAAUUAUCCUAAUAAAAAUAGAUAAUAGUUCAUGGUCAUCUGUUAUAA